AGCCAUCUUGGUGACGUCACAAAGAUGGCCGCCGGCCCGCUGCACGUGACACAAAGGCAGUGGGAGGGAGGCCGCGACAUGAACCGAAAGAAUAACGUGUCGUUCGUGAAGCCGGAGCCUGCCUUCAUCCGCAGGUUCAAGGAGGGUGUUGGCUAUUCGCCAGGACCGACCGUGGACACCAAGAAGCAGCAAGUUGCUCCAGUUGACAGUGACAGUGGGCCAAGCGAUGAAGAAGAUGAGCAGCCACAAGUAGUAGUGCUCCGUCAAGGAGACCUGACUGCUGAAGAAGCAGCAAAGUUCAAACAGAACACCGAAAGUUCAGAGAAAUCUGAAAACUUACAGCCAGAUGGUGGCAAGAUUGUGUUUCGGAAGCCUUCAAAGCGAUCCUUGGAUAAUAAAGUCACAGGAAUGUUCACCACAUCAAGCAAAAAGAAGAAGGAAGAUGCUGGUGACCAAACAGAAUCUAAAAGUUCGGGAAAUAAAUCUAAGCAAGUGAAGAACAGCAGUUUGCUUUCAUUUGGGUCUGAUGAUGAUGAAUAGAGUAGGAAGCACUCACUUUGAAUGCUGAUUAACGGCAGAAGCCUGAGGAAUGGUUAAUGCAGAGCAGCACAAGAUGGAGAACUAAGUAUUGAGCUGUGAGCAAUUAUUUUCAGUGAAGAUAGUGUAAGUCCUGUCUGUCCCCAAGUGUAUACAGUUGCACAGUGUCACUUACUGUUUGUAACUGAAGGAGUUCCAGGCCAUCUCCACCACUCUGCAAAAGGGCUCAACUUCACUUUUAUAACACCUGACUCAGCCUUUAAAUAAUAUUGUCUAGGUCUAGACUCCCUACCAGUAGAAUACUUCCUAUGUCCCCUUUUUUUUAAAGUCUUGGUUUUGCCAUUUCCAUGGUUAAAAGAAGUGAAGUAGUGAGGUAUACUUUCAUUGCAUUUGACUCCCCUGAAAAAUGUGUGUUGUGUAUUGUUACUUGAGCAUUUGUACAACACCAAAUCAUGAUGGGUGGGUAAUAAAAGGUGUAAAGUAUUCUCCUUGAGGAUAAUGAGUUUAAGAAGUUUUAUACCUAAGUGGCCUAUUCAAAAUUCUGAAAUUUUAUGAGCAGAAAUAUAAAUGUUGAACCAUUGCAAAUUGUUCAGUGUGGAAACAUUAAUUCUUCUGGCCUGCAUUGGAUCUGUCUCCUUCAUUAUCCUUCCUACCCAAUCACCUGCCCACUGCCCUUUAAAUGAUGUAAUUGUAUCUGAGUUUUUACCACUACUGGUGGCAGGAUAUUGCACUCUGACAACAGUUUCUCUUUAUAUAACAGCUUUAGUACAACCACUAUCAAGUGGUGACAGGAAGCUAUAAAAUAUCAGGAUGAAUUUCUAAAAUCGGAAAUGGAAUUGUGCUUUAAGGAAGAUCUUAAGUGAGCACAGAGGAGUAAAGAAUCAGAGAAUUAGAGAAUUCUGGAGAGUCAUAACUUGGUCCUCUCACAAAGCACAUCUUCUGACAAAACGUUCUCCAUUACCCCAUAAAUUAUCAAGAUUUAUCAAUUUUAGGUUUAAAUCUAACAACUGAAAUACCGUCAUUUUGCAAAAGACUUUCAGACCUCUACUAUUCUUCUGUGUAGAAGUGCUUGGAAGUUCACUACCAAUUUUAUGGCUAGAGAUUGGUAAUCAUUUGUAUCAGAAUCUGAUUCUUCACAAUAUUUGAAUAAUUAAUGAGAUUUGUGUUUUGCUUCUAGAAUGUGAGCCAUAAGUGAUGGGAGGACAAGCUAAGGUUAAACUUACACAGUUCAAUUGUAACAUUGGAGAGCCGUUUACAUAGGUACAUGGAUGAGAGGGGUUUGAAGGGAAACUGCCCACGUGUAGAUAGGCAGAAGAUCAAAUUGGCAUGGACUAAAUGGCCUAUUUCUGUGCUGUAAAACUCUUGACUAUAACUCUAACUAUAAAUUGCUACAAUAAAUAAGAAAUGUUAUAGAAUUCUUCCUUAGAAUAUUGUGUUCAGGAGGUUACAUGUAAUCAACUUCUCUCCAAAAGCUGAGGAAUAUGCUGGUAUAUUAUGACUGGAUUUUAUCUUUCGUAGAGUAUGCAUAUAAAAUUCAAUUUUUGUUUAUACUGUACGUAGCAUGUGAUGUAAUUCAGAAAUGAUUGUAUUGUAAGUAUAUUUUAUAUCUUUGGAAAAUUGACUUGUAUGAAUUGAGGUGAGUUUUUCUUAAUGAAUUGCAUUAAAACAAAACAGCGAUACAAUUAUGCAUGUUAAAAGUAAAAGCCUCAAAAUUCUCA